AUGUGUUCCGCGGACCUGUUCCUCGGCCUUCUGGCUAUCCUAUUCCCCCCUCUGCCGGUCUGGGUUAAAACCGGUCUCUGCUCCGCCGACUCCAUCAUCAACGUCCUGCUAUGUGUACUAGGCUACCUCCCCGGCCUCAUACACGCCUGGUACAUAAUCUCCAAGUUCCCCGAGUCGUACGAGUACGAAGUCGUGCCGCAGGACAGCGAGCGCGCCCACGUCACCUACGUCUUCGUGCAGGAGCCCCAGCCCCAAGCCCGCCCUCAGGCCCAUCCCAAGUCUGCCUCUAACGCGCAGCCAAACUACGGCGCUACCGACAACAACCACAACGCUUCUUCGUCUGCUGGUCCCUCCGACGCCCACGACGACGAGGGCAACGCCCCGCCUACCUACGCCGAGGCCGUCAAGGGCGACCACAAGAUCCAGACCCACGACUAG